AUGACGAGCUGGAGUCGUUUGUCUUUCCUCGCGCUUCUUGUCCUGCAGGAAAGGGUCCUUGCAGAAUAUGUGAGAACCAAGAAAUCAACUAUUGCUCCAGUUGGCGCAGAGGUUUUGACGGUGGGCGUUAUUGGGGAUUAUGGCUGGACAGGAUGGACACCGAGUCCUCCGCAUUUCUGCCUUGAAGUGCUUCCAGAGCUGCAGGCUGCUGGACUCGUUAUUCCCAAUGAGGUCCUAAACGACUGUGAUCCUGGAGACAUAACAUACAUAACCAAUGCCACUGCUUUGCAACUCGACACAUCCUCGUAUGUUGGACAAGUAUGCGCGAUGAAGAACUGCACUGCAUUUGUCUCUGUCGGUGACAACUUUUAUGAUAGUGGUAUUGAUUUCACCACUGGCGGAAUACAACGCUUCCAGGAAGCGUGGGUCGAUAUGUACAGUCAAGGAGUCUUUGAGACUGCUCCUUGGUAUCAAUGUCUCGGUAAUCAUGACGUUGUGAAAGGUCAGAGUGGCAUCGACUUCCAGACUAAAGUUGCUCCAAUUUAUGACCCUCGUUGGAACUUUGGAACACAAGGGCUCCCCUAUUGGACUUACGAUCUGACAGGUAAUGAUUGGACUGCUACUUUUGUCGUCGUGGACUCAGAUUGUUUCCUGAGCUCGUAUCAAAAGAAUUCCUCUGUAUAUAUGAACUCGUACACGGAAGCCUGCUAUGCCGACAAGCAAACGCAGAUCGACUUCCUAGCCAAUACAUUCGCUGAAUCUUCGGCUACAUGGAAAUUCCUUCAACUCCACCACCCUUACGUGUCUUCGGCCACCAACGAGACCGAACUCGCACCUCUCGUGGAGAUUGUUAUCCAGCACAACGGGAUCGUCCUAAACGGCCAUGACCACUGCCUCGGGCAUUAUUACGCAAAUAACACUAACUUCAUUCUCUCUGGCGCUGCGGGCUACCCUCAAGCCGGUGAUUGCAACUACGGUAUAUCACUUGGACCGUAUGUAAAGUUCUUGGCAGCGAAUCCAAUGACUGCGGCGAAUGGUUUCGUGACAAUGGAUAUUAGCAACCAGUCCAUAAACGUUGAAUAUUACGUGCGGGACAUGAAUUUCGAAAACGGGGAUUUAUACCCUGUUCUGCACGAUAUCAACCCUUCUUAUUCAUUCCAGAUCACACAGCACGCAACAUGA